AUCAGCUAUUAGGAAAGGAAGAUCAGCCAAGUCCUUUGGACCUGAUCAGAUUAAUACAGGAGCUACUGAUUUCAACGUCUUUGGCCUAACUCUCUCUGAAAUGAUGAAAUACACAAGUUAUUUCUUGGCUUUUCAGCUCUGCAUCAUUUUGGGUUCUUCUAGCUGUUACUCCCAGGACACAGUUAAUAAAGAAAUAGAAGAUUUAAAAGGAUAUUUUAAUGCAAGUAAUUCAAAUGUAUCAGAUGGCGGGUCUCUCUUCUUGGAUAUUUUGGAUAAAUGGAAAGAGGAGAGUGACAAAAAAGUAAUCCAGAGCCAAAUUGUCUCUUUCUACUUCAAACUCUUUGAACACUUAAAAGACAACAAGAUCAUCCAAAGGAGCAUGGACACCAUCAAGGGGGAUCUUUUUGCUAAGUUCUUCAACAGCAGUACCAAUAAGCUGCAGGACUUCCUAAAGGUGUCUCAAGUUCAGGUAAAUGACCUGAAGAUCCAGCGUAAAGCAGUGAGUGAACUCAAGAAAGUGAUGAAUGAUCUGUUACCACACUCUACCCUAAGGAAGCGAAAAAGGAGUCAGUCUUCGAUUCGGGGUCGGAGAGCAUCCAAAUAACAGUCCUCAUGCCUGCAAUAUUUGAAUUUUUAAAUUGAAAUCUAUUUAUUAAUAUUUAACAUUAUUUAUAUGGAAAAUAUAUUUUUAGUUUCAUCAAAUAAGUAUUUAUAGUAGCAACUUAUGUAAUGAAAGAAUAUCUAUGUAUUAUUAAUUAUAUGUAUUAUUUAUAAUUCCUGUAUCCUGUAACUGUCUCACUUUACCCUUUAUUUUUUUUUUUUUGAAAAAUUAGGCAAGAAUAUGUGAUUAAAAGACUUUAUCUCAGGGACUAACUAAACAGCUGACCUAAGUUAGACCCUGUGGGUUGUGCAUUUAUUUAGACAAAGAACACUUAUAAACGAAAUAGUACCAUCUAGUUGUUGCCUAUUUGAGAACAUGUCUGCAUUCUGAGCCACUGCUUUAAUGACACAUCAGACAGCACUUGAAUGUGUCAGGUGAUAUGACCUGUGCCCUGAUAAACUCAGCACCUCAGGAGAUUUCACACUUGGUGCUUCUGAAUAUUGUUGACAACUGUGACUGCACCCAAAUGGAAAGUAACUCACUUGUUCAGUUUAUCCCAAUCUAAUAUAUCUGAAUAAAGCAUAAUUUCGCAACUAUUCAUGCUGUAUUAGACUUAUUUCUAAGUGAGGACUGGGGUGGUUGAACUGCUUACUAGGUAACUAGAAGGGAGAAAGUCCUUUUUAG